CCAAAAAAAUCAAGAGAGGCAGAAAAAAGGCAUAAUCUUCUUCAAUGAAGCCUCAUAUUGCCCUUAGACAAAGGCAGGUACUAGUGUAUCACAUUCUGGUAUGAAAGGGAAAGCACUGUUUUCCCGUGCCAUCAGUUGUAUAAAUAGUCAGACAAAGAAACUGAAACCAUUGCACUGGUUGAAGAUAAGCAGAGCAGUCCAGGGAAGCUUGUGGGCCGAGACACAAAAAUCUGAAACAGCCAAGGCUCCAGAACUUGAUAUAUCAGAACUUGAAUCACUCUUCUCAGCUGCAGUUCCAAAUUCAGACAAAGCUAGCUCGGGAAGGAAAGGAAAUUCGAGGACCUCAUUGGGGGCAAAAGCUGAGAAAGUGCAACUGGUGAUUUAUGUUCCUUUUGGAUGCAUAUUUACAAAUGCACUAUUUCCUUACGACUUUUAAUAAAAGUCACAUGAACUAUUCUAGUAAAUGAUAUUCUUUCAAAAUUAUCUCCAUCAAAUGGACAAGAAAUUGCAAAACUAUUCAGUUAAACAAAAUUGUGGUGCAAACUAUUUGGCUAUCUAGUAUGCAUCUCUAAAUCCCCUCAUCUCUUCUUUUUGUUUUUGGCCAGAUUUUUUUAAUGCUCAGUUUUUGUUUAUAUCAAAAUUUGAGGUUAUGAACUUUCAUAAACAAGCUGCAUUCACAAAAAGAAAUGUUGAGAAUGCCUCUUAAGUCUUAAUUUAGGAUCUUCAUUGCUAUAGCUGAUUGUCCUGUCAGAAAUCCUAAAAGUUCCAAGGGCUUUUGUAAUUCAAGGAUCUUUAUAUUUUCUGAGAUUCAAGCCUCAGAGAUCGUAAAGUAAUAAUGAUUCCUUUUAUCUGCUGUAAUGGAAA